AUGCUCUCUAUAGGUGUACUCAUUCUACCUCCCGUCCAACUCAUGGAUCUUUCUCCAAUUGAGCUCUUCUCUAUGAUGUCCAAAGAUUAUAUUCGAGCAAACAAUCUACCCCAGACGUUGAUUGACGCCGCGAUUCCAGCAAAAGACAUCAAGAUACAUUACAUUUCGUCCAUCGGCCCCAAUUCUACAGCAGGAACAAUUCCCAACCUCCAGAUAUCCAUAACCGCCGCCAUAGACGAUCCCAAAGUUGCUCCUGGGAAGUUGGAUAUCCUUUUCAUCCCGGGCACAGAUCCAAAUCAACGCCCGGAAGAAGCAGUUCUAGAGUAUGUGCGUUCACAGGAGCAAAGUGGAGCAACUAUUCUGGCCUUUUGUACUGGCGUAUUUGUACUGGCUUAUUCUGGUGUGCUUGACAAUAAAGACGCAACUGGCCCACGUAGCAUGCUGGACCAUAUGAGGACGAGUUUCCCGAAAGUGAGGUGGCAGGAAAAGCGUUACAUGAACAAUGAUAAGAUUUGGACAUCCGGCCAGAUUACAAAUGGUGUGGACAUGGCAGCAGAGUACAUAAGUCAACAGUGGCCAGGGCAACUCUCUACAGCUGUAAUCAAUCUGGCAGACAUUGUAAUUAGACCUGCAGAGUACAGCUGCCUAAUUUGA